AUGCUAGGAUCUUAUAAGUCGCGAACCGUGUGUCACGAGUGCUCGAAGAGAAAGAUUAAAUGCGAUAGGCUCAUUCCUUGCCGUAACUGCAUCAAGAGAAACUUACAACAUCGAUGCAUUGAAUCAAAUAACGGUGUAUCUUCUGUGGAUGCAUUGGACGAAUAUGAGCUAUACAAGUUUUAUUUGAACUACGAGAGUGUUGUUGUUGAUGUAGGCCUGUUUAAAACGUUACCGACUUCAAAUGAACAACUUCAAAGUAAUGACGAAUUCAAAUUAUUAUUUAAUAAUGAAGUGUACAGCAAACUACUGGACUACACGGUUACCAACUUGGGCUGUCUGUACUUUGGUGUCGUGCAAGAUAUAACCGAAUUGUAUGAUAUUCUGCAUAAGGCAAUUGGCUCGGAUGAUAAUUCGUAUGAUGAUUUGUUGGUCUGGUCACUGAUUGCAUUAGCGGUUUAUUUCAUGGAUGAACAUACGUUUAGUGAUCUAAUGGGACCCGCUGUGGCAAGGGGUAAGUUAUAUCAUUCCGUUGUUAACUAUAUUAUCAAGUCUCUUUAUGAUCUCAAUUUCGUAGAAACUUUAGACGUCCGUUUCUUGCAGAUCGUGGCAGUCUUAUCAAAUACAAUUUUCUUAUUUGAGCAUAACAAUCUAUAUAAUAACCUAUUGAUUUUGUCUAUGAACCUAUUGAAAUACUACAAGACAAGUAUUGGAAAAAUCACGUCCCAUGAUGUGACAGGAAGAAACACCAUCUAUUUGAAAUUGAUCAAGAAUACGACAAACAAAAUUUGGUAUAAAUUUGCACUGUUGGAUUACCUCCAGUCGAAUAAUUCUAAAAAAUUCUCGAUCCACACCGAAAUAAGUUCGUUAACAAAUGAGCCAGUGAUGGUUACAGAUGUCGAUCCCUUCCAAGAAGCUGAAAGUUUCGAUCUACUAUGUUGGAAGAUCGUAUCAUUGGAUAAAGACAUUACCCACUAUAUUGCAGAGGCAAGAAAACCAACUCUAAAGACUUUAGAGACUCUCGAAAAAAAUAUACAGGGACUAGAAACUACAGUGAAAUUAUUUUUAGAAUCAAACAAAAGAAAUGACAAUAUUUCCAUCAACUCAAGUUUCGAAAGAUUUCUAUUGAAAUUCUUCAUACACACAACAAAAUGGAAACUUUAUAGGAUCUACUAUGUGCACUACGAUAAUACAGAAAAUUCAUUCAAUAAAAUGGCUUACCAUACUCGCAUAAUAAUAUCACAGCUAGUGAAGAAUGUAAAAUUAAAACAAGGUCAAUUCAAUAAAUUCCCAAUUGUAUUAUUUUUCAUUUCAAAGAUGAUAACUUUUUACACUUUUGCAAAAUUAGUUAACUCAAUAGAGAACAACAGAAAUCACAAUGAUGAAAAUGAAGAGUUAUCAUCAGAUUUAGUUGAAUUGUUGAUGUCAUUGCCAAUGUCAUUAAACCCAUCCCUAGAAAAAGUAAUAUUUUUGGUGGAAAAAUUGAACAAAUUAAUUCAAUUAUUUAAUAAGAUAAGAAUUGCAGAUUCAAUAAGCAUUUUAAAACAUCCAGUCAUGUUGAUACUGCAAAAUGAUAUCAAUACAAUAAACUUAAUCAAUAAUAAAAUUCCUAACUUAAUUAGCUCAGCUAAUUUAGAGUCAUUAAAUGAUAGUUUAUUUGAUGAUUACAACUAUGAUAACAACAACGCUUUGGAAAAUCAAAGCACAUCUUUUAAACUGAUUAUCGAUGAAUUUGAGCUAAAGUAUAACAUCAAGGAAAUCAUUAGAUACAGUGCAUAA